AUGUUUAAUCUAAGUAGUCUGUUAAUAGGAAAAAAAAAUACAAAGGUGGAAGGAAGAGGUUCCUCUGAUAAUGGAAAUAACGAGAAUGACAGUGGAGAAAAUAAUGCCGAUAGAAGGAAUAACGAAAGCGUAAAAAUCAAAUUAAUAAAUAUGCAAGAAUAUAAAACCAAAAAGUUUUUAGACGAACGAAAAAAUGUUAAUGCGUGGAGCGCAAAUAAUGAUGGUAAAAAGAAGAAAAGCAACAAGGAUGAUAAUAAAAAAGAAAAGAAAAAAGAAGUAAAGAAAAAGGGGGAAGAGAAAAAGGGGGAGGAGAAUAAGGUGGAGGCGAAAAAGGAGGAGACGAAAAAGGAAGAGGCAAAAAUAGACGAGUCAAAAAAAGAGGAAGCCAAAAAGGGGGAGAUGAAAAAAGGCGAAAAAGCUUCCAGCCCAGUAAAAUUAUUUAUACCCUCUGUACUAAGAAAUAAACUAGUAAGAGAAAUAAAAGAAGUAAAAGAAAAAAAAGAGGACUUAUUCCCUGAUUUGUUACAGUCUAAAAAAUCAAAUAAAAAAGAAAAAGAAAAAAAGAAAAGCGUAACCCCUCAGAAAAAAAAUAAAAAAGAGAAAACAGAUAAAAAAAAACAAGAAGAAGAAAACGAAGAACAAAACCAUGUACAAAUAGAACAAAUACCAAAAAUUAUUUUUAAUAUUUUUGAUGUAGUAGAUAAGAAAUAUGAAUAUGAACGAAUAAUAAGAAAUCCAGACAAAGUUCUAGAAAAAUAUAAAAAUAAAAAAAAAUUUGAAGAUUCAGCUGUUCUAUGUAAUUAG